AGAUUGUGGUCAGAUCAUCCCAAUUUUGAGAUGUUGGCCCAGAUAGGUAAUGGUGCAUACGGCACUGUUUACCGUUCACGUUCAGGAAGUGGGCAAAUUGUGGCUGUAAAGAAAGUCCGUGUGAACCCUUCUGCUGAUGGUAUACCUUUGUCUACACUUCGGGAAGUUGUUCUUUUGAAGGAAUUGGCUCAGUAUGAACAUCCGAAUAUAGUGAAACUACUGGAUGUCUGCACGGGUCAUAGAACAGAAACCGAUCUGUAUCUGUUUUUAGUGUUAGAACAUUUGGAGCAGGAUUUGUCUAAUUACAUUGAAAAGUGUCCACGGUCUGGUAUGGGAGCCAGCUUGGUGAGAGACAUUAUGUUCCAGACUCUGAGUGGUGUUGAUUUUCUCCAUAGUAAGCGUGUAAUUCAUCAAGAUCUGAAACCUCAAAACAUCCUGAUUUCUUCUUCAGGAACAGUGAAGUUAGCAGACUUUGGGCUGGCUAAGACUUACGACUUUGAAAUGCUACCUACUUCUGUUGUUGUAACCAUAUGGUAUUGUGCUCCAGAGGUUCUUCUCAACUCAACAUAUGCUACACUACUCCUGUGUCCUAUAUUUUGUGGAACAUCAGAAGUUGAUCAACUGGACAAGAUAUUCAGCAUCUUAGGAACACCGCCUGAAACAAGUUGGCCAGAGCAGACACCAUUACCUUGGUCUGUUUUCAAAAACUACACAGCUGCUGACCUGGAAGGGAUGAUGCCUGAUUGCUCCCCAGAUGGUCUGAAUCUUUUGCAGAAUUUGUUGAUGUUUGACCCUUGUCAGAGAAUCAGUGCUGCAAAAGCCUUAGCUCAUCCUUAUUUCAAGGAGCAUGGAUACAUUGCACGCUAUCAGAACUGUGUAUUUACUAGGAUUCUCAGAAGAAAGAGGAAUGUGCACAAGUACUUUGAGUUGGUAAAAGAUUGCAAUAAAAUAAACAGUGUUGCUCACUCUAUCACACUGCAUUCCUGACAAACUCAAUAUUAUGUAUGUAUACAAAACAGAUGUUAGAACAUGUUCAUAUUCUGAAAACACAUAUGAUAAGUUGUAGAUAUGGGCAUAUUUUCAGUCCAUAAAUGUUGUAGAGUGAGGAAAUUAUACAUGAUAAAAGG